AUGGUUGACAGUGACGAUGAAGUUUCAUCGAAUAGUAGUAGGAAAGUUGCGAGGAAUCUAUAUUUGAGUAACGGACGCAGUUCUCAGAGUCUGAAAAGGAAAAGAUUCUCAUUUUUUGCGACAAAUAGCGACUCCGAUGAAAAUGAAAGCCUAAACACUCCAAAGAAGGCUUUAUUUGGAAGCGAAUUUGAUGAGUUUGGCAGCCCAGCUGUUGAAAAAUUUCUCUUUGAGACCAAUCAAUCUCCAUUGUAUGCAGAAUGCUCAGGUUCUAAGAGAAGAAUGGUGAAAUAUGAAGAUGCCUUACCAUCACCGCCGGUGUCACCGAUGCAAUUUUCAUGCAAGACUCUCAAGACUAGGCAAAUGAUUGAUGUUGAGCAACAAAAUAUAGUAAACCAGCAGAAGCUCAUAACUGAGCCUGGAUUGGGAUUCGAGCUACAGUCUAGAAAAAAUUUAGCCCUGUCUAAGAGAUUAAGUUUGGACGAGAUAGGUUUAAGAAAUGAAUCAUUAAAAGAUAAUAAUUUGGCUGUAAAUAAGUUUAAGAAAUAUCGUUCGCAGGCGGAUUCUAUUAAAAAAUAUUUAGAUGAAGAGGAUGAGAGUGCAAACCUGAUUGCCGAUUUCAGCGCUCCCUACAUACUGCCGGUCCUUCAAGAUGGAAAGCAUAGCGACCUCAAAGCCAUCACUCACAAUACACUUACAGAUGUUUUACUAGGAAAGUACGAUAAUGUCCUUGAUAGCUGCACCAUAAUUGACUGCAGAUAUCCGUACGAAUAUGAAGGCGGACACAUCAUGGGAGCCAGGAAUUUCUACACGAAAGAUUCCAUCUUGAGUGAAUUUAUUCUGAGCAAUGCUGGUUUGUGCACCGGUAAUCAGAACAAAAAUAUCCUUGUAUUUCACUGCGAAUUUUCAUCUGAAAGAGGGCCAAAGAUGUGCAGGUUUUUGAGAAACAAAGACAGAGAAAUAAACGAAAAUAACUAUCCUCAUCUAUUCUACCCGGAGAUAUAUCUUCUUGAGAAUGGUUACAAAGAAUUUUUCCAUAACCACAUCGAUUUGUGCUACCCAGCUUUGUACAAGCCGAUGUUGCAUGAAGAUAAUUCUAAAGAUUUGAUACAUUUUAGAGCAGAAUCAAAAUUGUACGCGACUAAAUUUGAAAAGAGAUCAAACUCCAGGACGACUCCAAGGUUCAGUUCUAGAAAAAUUGUGAAACGAAUUAUCGAGGAUGAAAUUUUGUGCAAACCUCUCAAUUGA